GUCUCUCAAGUUCCGUGGCGUCAAAAAUGGCGUCAGGUGAUCGGAAAUCCCCAGAACAAACGAAUCAACCGUUGUCUCCUCCGACGCCGAUUGUGCAGGAAAACGGAACUCCGACGAAGCGUGUGUUGAUCACUUCCCUUUUAGCAGGAGUAAUUGGUGGAGGAGCUGGUUUAGUGUCUAAACACCGGAUAGCUCAUCCGAAUAUUCCGACUGUUUACGCUACUAAUUGUGCUAUUGUCGCUGGUUGCUAUUGCGGAGCUCGUGAAUCUGUGAGAAUAACUCGAAGAUCAGAACAUGAUGAUUUAAUGAACUCAGCUAUUGGAGGACUUUUCAGUGGUGCUUUGCUUGGACGACUUCAAGGAGGUCCUCAGGGUGCGAUUCGCUACUCUCUAGUUUUUGCUGCUGUAGGUACAGCAUUUGAUUAUGCUUCCCUUAAAGCAAAACCAAUGUUAGAGAGCUACCGUAACAUGGAGUCAUUCAAGUUACCUGAAUGGUCUCCUAUUAAAGUCCUCGACGAAGAAGCUUUAGCAAAGAAGAAAGCUCAGGAAGAGAAAAUAUUCCCGGAAAGAGUCCUCGGCAAAUUGAACAAGGAAUAGUCUUGAGUCUUGACCAACUUAGAUUAUUUCUUUUUUGCCCAUAAAGUUCUGAAGUUUGCAUUUUCUUUCUGGGUUUGCUGUUUCGUGAAAGUAAUUCCAGACCUUUUAGAUGAGACUUGAGGAGGAUUUUGUUUUUUUGAGUUUCCUCAGGGUAAAAUUUUUUCUUGAGACAUAAGAAAACAUCUUUGUAUGU